AAAGGCAAGCGUUUAUGACGCUGUUAAACCCCCCAUUCGCAAGAAGGUGCAUUUUCGCUUAAACCCUAGUAUCACACAAUUUCUUGACACAGCAGCCAUGUACAGGUCAAAAGCAGUUAUGUCUUCUCUCCGAAACGCUUACUCAAAGAUCUCCACUCGGUCGUAUCUAAGCCGAGCUCAGGUAGGUUUCCCCUCAAACUCGUCUUCCAUUCAAUUCCCAUGGCAAGUCCGCUCCUUUUCUUCGAAACCAGAGUGUAUGCUUCAGUUAGUACUCGAAAACGCUUGGUCUAAGAAGGUAGAGGAAGAAUUGAAGAAUCCAGAUACGUCUUUAACACACGAGACUGCAAUCUACCUUCUUAGGAAACUAGAUAAGCACCCAGAGAAAGCUUACUCCUUUCUCGAUUGGGUCAUCAGAGAAUCAGGUCUUACUCCAAGCUCUCCCCUUUACAGCACGAUGCUGAGGAUCUUGGUGCUGCAGCAGAGAUCCAUGAAACGGUUUUGGAUGACUCUUACUGAUAUGAAGCAAGGAGGGUUUUAUAUGGACGAGGAAACUUACAAGACCCUUUAUAGUUUGCUUACCAAGGCCGACGCUGCUGCUUUGGCUCAUUUCUAUGAGAGGAUGCUUAAGGACAACGCGGUUUCUGAUGUUGCGGGUAGUGUUUCCGCUGCUGUUUCGAAAGCUGAUUGGAGUUGUGAGGUUGAGAGGGAGCUGCAGGAGAUGAAACUCCCUUUCUCGGAUAAUUUUGUUAUCAGGGUGUUGAAGGAGCUGAGGGAACAUCCCUUGAAAGCUUUGGCGUUUUUUCAUUGGGUUGGUGGUGGUACUUCUUCUGGUUAUAGGCACGGUACUGUUACGUAUAACGCAGCCUUGAGGGUUUUGGCUAGGCCUAGUUCGGUCGCGGAGUUUUGGAGUGUUGUCCAUGAGAUGAAGACCGCAGGGCAUGAGGUUGAUCUUGACACUUAUAUAAAGGUUUCAAGACAGUUUCAGAAGUCUAGAAUGAUGGUGGAGGCUGUUCAGCUUUACGAGUUUAUGAUGGACGGUCCUUUCAAGCCAUCUGUUCAAGAUUGUAGUCUUCUUUUGAGGUCCUUAUCGGCUGGUCCCAGUCCAGAUUUGGAUUUGGUGUUUCGGGUUUCCAUGAAGUAUGAAUCAACUGGGAAGUCUCUCUCGAAGGCUGUGUACGAUGGAAUCCACAGGUCGUUAACUAGUGUAGCGAGGUUUGAAGAAGCUGAAGAAAUCAUGAAGGCUAUGAGAGAUGCGGGUUAUGAGCCGGAUAACAUCACUUACAGCCAGCUCGUGUUUGGUCUUUGUAAAGCUAACAGGUUAGAAGAAGCGCGUGGAGUUGUAGAUCAAAUGGAAGCGCAAGGAUGCUUUCCGGACAUAAAAACAUGGACUAUUCUCAUCCAAGGGCACUGCAAGAACAACGAAGUUGAUAAGGCCUUUGCCUGUUUUGCGAAUAUGCUAGAGAAAGGGUUUGAUAUCGACUCUGAUCUGCUUGAUGUCUUGGUAGGUGGGUUUCUCAGCCAAAACAGGAUCGAGGGAGCUUGCAAAUUCCUAAUGGAGAUGGUGAGAAAUGCCAAUGUAAAGCCUUGGCAAACCACUUACAAGGGUCUUAUAGACAAGCUGCUCGAAAUCAAGAAGGGCGAUGAGGCGCUGGAUCUUCUAGAGAUGAUGAAGAAGCAAAAUUACCCUGCGUAUGCAGAGCCUUUUGAUGGAUACCUUGCAAAGUUUGGGACUUUGGAAGAUGCUAAGAAGUUCUUGGAUGUGCUAAGCUCAAAGGAUUCGCCUUCCUUUGCAGCCUAUUUUCAUGUUGUUGAAGCUUUCUACCGAGGAGGAAGACUCGCUGAUGCGAAAAACCUUGUCUUCAUAUCUCCCCAUCACUUUAAAACACACCCUAAAAUCACUGCACUCUUUGGCGCAGCUUGAAGUAAAACCUCAAGAUGUAGGCUUUGUGAUGGAAUUGAAGGAUGUCUUCGCCCAUUCACGAAUGGAAAAUUCGAUUUUUCAUUCAGAUAAUGCAGUUAUGGAACUAUUUUUUUCACCUUAAAUGCAGUUAUUUUCAUAAUUCAUUUCACCAUUUGUAAUAGAAGUGCUGAAUAUGAAUUUAUAGACUUUUGAGUGAUUGUUAUUUUUUUCGUUC